CUUUAUAGAUUUACUGCCGAGGAGUUCAAAAGUAUCAUCGUGACGUCACGUUUUACCUGGGACCCACCUGCCUGCUACUCUUGGCGACGGCAGAAGAGAGAGCUGACAGGAAAUGAGAGAGGAAGGAUGACAUGCAACAAACAUCAUCAGCGUCUUUAACCCCUACAGGCCACCAGGACGUUUUACUUUUCCCUCCCUCCUCUCCCUCCCCACUCACUCUUACUCCAGCUUCAUCAGGGCCGGACCACUGACAGUCUCCUCUGUGUGAGUCUGUCAGGGAAGGAGUGUGUAUGUCUCUCCAUUGAGAACACUUUAAAAAAAACAAAAAAAAACAGCACUCUUUGGGAGCUUUUUCAGAGUGUGAGAGAGGAGAGGAGACCCCUAUGGUGCUGUGAUUUGACUAAACAAACAGCCGUGCUCUGAGCGGUACCUCCUCCAGCGGACUCCCGGGACAGCAGAGAUUAACCUCGCAGCCCUCUGACUCUGAACAUCUGAGACAUCUGUACAUCUGAGGCAGCGGCCCCUGUAGAGAGAAACGGCUGGAAAUCUCUCCUUUGAUUUCAGAAGGAGGAGACCAACCGCUGGACAGAGAGGAAGCAGAGUGAAGACCUGUAUGAGCUUCUACGAUCACUCUUAAGAAUUGUUUGAAGGCUUCCACCAUGAGAAGUGUGACCAUCUGCACGCUCCAUCUGGCCGUCACAGUUACAGCUCUUCUGUAUCUCUGCACUGAGUCAUGUUGCCUGGAGAUCUCACCUGGCGACAGAGAGCUCGUCCUGGCUGAGGGCUCCCAUCUCACUCUUUUCUGCUCCGGCUCAGAAAAGGCAACCUGGGUAUUUAAGAGGAACGACGUGACAACUUAUUUUGUGAAACCAGAUGACAGCAGCUACGAAAUCAAGAAAAUCAACACCACGUCUAGCGUUUUGAACAUGUGGAACUUGAGCUGGAAGAACACAGGGGUGUAUCAGUGCAGUGAUGAACACACUGGAGAAACAAAGGAGGUGGCUGUUUUUGUCCCAGACCGUGAUGUGUGGUUCAUUGAAAACUCUCAUGGCAUGGUAACAAAGACCAGUGAGGAAAGCACCAUCCCCUGUGUGGUCACCAACCCAAACAUCAGUGUCACCCUGUAUGACAGGGACACCGAUGUCCCCGUCAAGGGUGUGUAUGUUCCUACUGAGGGGUACAAAGCACGGCUGGAGGACAGGACCUACAUUUGUCGUGGAGAGCUGAACGGUGAAAUUAGAGAGUCUCAGGCCUUCUACGUCUUCAGUGUUGUUGUCCCAGAGACCAUCGACGCCUACGUUAACGCAUCAAAGACCGUCCUGAAGAAGGGAGAACCGCUGACAGUAAACUGCACAGUGCAUGGAGUGGAGCUGGUGUUUUUCUCCUGGGAUUACCCCAACAAAGAGGUUGUUGAAGUUGAGCCGCUGACAGAUGUCCUGACCGCCACUAUCAUGCGCUCUUGCCUGAUAUUCCCUCAAGCUCAAAUGGUCAACAGCGGAAUCUACGUCUGCCAUGUCCAAGAGGGUGUCCUAGACCAGACUGCCUCUGCCAGCAUCAACAUCACUGUGCUCGAGCGAGGUUUUGUGGAUAUGAGGCCUGCUCAGCGACAAAACAUUACAGCCAAGUUGCAAGAGAACGUGGAGCUGAGAGUGGAGAUUGAGGCCUACCCUCCCCCUCAGGUUAGCUGGAGCAAAGACGGCACCACCAUCAAGGGAGACAAAACCAUCACAACCAGACAAGAGCAUGAGAUUAGGUAUGUCAGUAUUCUCACUUUGGUGAGAGUGAGGACGGAGCAGAAAGGCCUCUACACCGUCCUUGUCACCAACGGAGAUGACACAAAGGAAGUGACCUUUGACCUGGAGGUCCAAGUUCCCUCUCAGAUUAAAGACCUGACUGACCACCACCUCCCUGGGAAGAGACACUUGGUGACCUGCCUAGCUGAGGGGGUCCCAACCCCGACCAUACAGUGGUACAGCUGUGACAGCAUGCUCAAGUGUAGCAACCAGACAGCGAUAUGGCACCCCUUGAUACCAGAGCCAGAGGUGCUGAGCAUCCAGACAAACGUCAGCCACAGCGAGACUCGUAAAAUCAGCCAGGUGCGGAGCCGCCUGACCUUCCACAAGCCCCAGCAGGUCACAGUUCGCUGUGAAACCAGCAACCAGGCAGGGCUCGUCGACAGGAGAGACGUCAAACUGGUGUCCAGCACUCUGUUCUCCCAGGUGGCAGUAUUGGCUGCAGUUCUAGCCUUAGUGGUCAUCGUCAUCAUGUCUAUCAUCAUCCUCAUCGCUGUGUGGAGAAAGAAACCUCGGUAUGAGAUCAGAUGGAAGGUGAUAGAGUCUGUGAGCCAGGACGGUCAUGAGUACAUCUAUGUGGACCCUAUCCACCUGCCCUAUGACCUGGCCUGGGAAAUGCCCCGAGACAACCUGGUGCUAGGUCGCACUCUUGGAUCAGGAGCCUUUGGCAGGGUGGUCGAGGCAACUGCAUAUGGUCUCACCCAUUCCCAGUCCAGCACAAAAGUGGCAGUGAAAAUGCUGAAAUCUACAGCCAGGAGGAGUGAGACUCAGGCUCUGAUGUCAGAGUUGAAGAUCAUGAGUCACCUGGGUCCUCACCUCAACAUUGUGAACUUGCUGGGAGCUUGCACCAAACAUGGUCCUCUUUACCUGGUGACUGAGUACUGUCGCUAUGGUGACCUGGUGGACUACCUGCACAGGAACAAGCACACCUUCCUGCAGUACUACGCAGAGAAGAACCAAGACGACGGCUGCCUUAUCUCAGCAGGAAGCACUCCGCUCAGCCAGAGGAAAGGCUAUGUGUCUUUCGGAAGUGAGAGUGAUGGAGGAUACAUGGACAUGAGUAAAGAUGAGCCCUCAGUCUACGUGCCCAUGCAGGAGCAAAUAGACACCAUCAAGUAUGCAGACAUCCAGCCCUCUCCAUAUGAGUCACCCUACCAGCAGGACCUCUACCAGGAACAAGUUGGCGGCAGAUUGGACCUGGUCAUCAGCGAUUCUUCCACGCUCACCUACGAUGAUCUGCUGGGCUUCAGCUACCAAGUGGCAAAGGGGAUGGAGUUCCUCGCCUCCAAGAAUUGCGUUCAUCGUGACCUCGCUGCAAGGAACGUGUUGAUCUGUGAGGGCAAACUGGUGAAGAUCUGCGACUUUGGCCUGGCCAGAGACAUCAUGCAUGAUUCCAACUACAUCUCCAAAGGCAGCACCUUCCUGCCCCUGAAGUGGAUGGCACCAGAAAGUAUUUUCCAUAAUUUGUACACAACCCUGAGCGAUGUGUGGUCAUACGGCAUCCUUCUUUGGGAAAUUUUCACACUGGGAGGAACGCCCUACCCCGAUCUGCCCAUGAAUGAGUUGUUCUACAGCGCUUUGAAGAGAGGCUACCGAAUGACCAAACCCGCCCACGCCUCCGAUGAAGUUUAUGAAAUCAUGAAGAAGUGCUGGGAUGAGAAGUUCGAGAAGAGGCCUGAGUUCUCCUUUCUUGUGCACAGCGUGGGGAAUAUGCUGACGGAAAGCUACAAAAAGAGAUACAGCCAAGUCAACGACAACUUCCUGAAAAGUGACCAUCCGGCAGUCGCCCGCACCAAGCCCCGACUCUCCUCACCUUUUCCAAUUGCCAAUCCAGCUUUCGGCUCCCCCUCACCCGUCAACCUCUCCUUCCCUGCGGACCCCUAUGACCAGAGCUCCAGCCCCAGAGACUUCAGACAAGAGGCAGACACACAGGAAGUCAUAACUUCAUACAAUGAGUACAUCAUCCCCAUCCCAGACCCUAAGCCAGAGGAAGCCUUCACUGAGGAAAGUCCUGCAAGCUCUCUUGCUCUGGAGGAGGAGACCGACUCCAUGUCGCAAGACACGGCUGACACCCUUCCAGAGGAGGACAGGCUGGAGGAGACCAGCGAGAGAGACGCUCUGCUGGGCUCCUCCGGAACGCCUGAGGAGGAAGACAGCUUCCUGUAGCCACAUGUAGGAUCCCUGGGAAUACAGUGCCCUUUUCUGGGGCUUUUUUUAUAAACACGCCUGAAAAAAGGGAACAUGACUAAACUAGAAUGUAGCAAAAUUGUGACUGAGAAGGCAAUCUUUGUAUUUCCACUAAGCACUCUAAAAGUUUUGCCCUUCUUUGAGUUUUUUUUUUUUUUUUAAUUUUUUUUAUCACACUUAGUACCUCUGAAACAGAACAGUUAGAAAUAAUGAGCAUGAUGUUAUCAUCCAAUCAGUAUUAGAAGCUUGCCAAGAUAUUAACACGGUACUCUCUUCACACUUUUAUAGAAUCAAUUUAUUGUACGUACAGAUGUCUGAUACAGUCUUUUUAGAUUUGCUUUAUUUAGUCAUAUUUCUGUUUUUGGCUCAUUUUGUUAAAUAAUAAAAAUCAAUGAUCACAAGCAGUGUAAUAGUGAGAAGUGGGGGCUUCUUUUUGUAGAAUAGAGUCGAUAUGACAUAUGAGUUUUAUAUGAGUUUUUAUAUAACAAAACAAUAAUCACAAACCAUAAAGAAAUAUGCUCAUAUAAAAACCAAACACCAUCCAGACAAGAACAAAAUGCCUACAGACUCCCUACAUAUGCAGUUUUGUGAACAACAGACUCUACAUGCACUGUUUUAAUAUGAGAUAUACCUUCUUUUUAGUAGAAGUUUCAGAAAUCAGAAAAUUUCUUCUUUUGUGAGAACAAUAUGAAAUGUUUUUGUCUUUUGUGAAUUUUGAAUAGCAUAUUGAAUUUUGAAUUGUUGUUAUUGUGUAGGUUUAAUCCAUAGUUCUGUGCCCGAUUUGCACUUUAUUUAGAAAAAUGUGGAUAUUCAUGAUAAAGAUAUAAAUGUACACUAUGUUACAGAUAAAAUACAAAUUAGAAUCAUUGAAAACUUUUUUGAUUUGAAUAUGUGUAUGUUACAGUGAAUAUGACACCCAGUUUCUGUGAUGACUCCUAAGUGAAAAUAAUACAUACAGCGAAUCACUGCCUGAGCACAAGAUGGCACAAAUGAGUGCUUUUGUGUAGAUUGGAUAGAACAGAUUUUUUGUCUUGCAGCUACUGUAUUGUUGCUUGCUGAUAUGAAGGGCUACUGUACUCAAGAAACCUAGAUAGCCAUAUGUGUACAUGUGCCUAAAAAUGACACUUUUUCCUCUUCUGUUAUGUUGUAUAACAUUCACUUACACAAUGUCUACUUUCAACACUUAGUUCACCAUUUCCAUUGUUUCCUAUUGCAAUUUUAAAUGCACAAGAUCACUGUAUGACAAGCUAUGGUACCAAAGCUCAACUUUACGUUGACAAAUGUAUUUUUAUAUGUGUCUUUUUGUAUGUUGUAAAUGUGACAAUAAACGUGUA